UAGGCAUGCAGACCCAGAUGUCAUAAAUGGAACCCCAGAUUCCAAGGGAAGUUCUAUACUAAUGCAACUUAGCUCAGUAACACAUUCUCUUUUCAAAUUCCUGCUUCCUUCUCCUCUCCCAUUCUGUGCCUGGAAUUUGAUUUCUGUGUUGUUGUUGUUUUCCUAUGAAUAACUGUGGAAGCAAUUCCUACCUCUUUCUUUCCCCCUUACUGCCUCAGCUCCAGCCACAGCCUUCUUGCUCUUCUCUGAACAUGCCGGGCAGGUCCUUCCCUCAGGACCUUUGCACAGCGCCCCCUGCCUGGACUGCUGUGCCCAGUUGCGUUAUCUGCAGAGCCACAAAACCUUUCCAGAUGUGGAGGAAUAGAACUGUUUCAAAGCCAGUGACAGAUUCGAGCACACCCACCUUUUGCAGACUCCAUGUAAAUUAGAUUUCACUCUGCUCCCCAUUCACCAGCCUGCGCUUUAUAAAAGUACUUUUUAAAGUGGACUCAUUCUCUGAGAUAUUUCCGCCUGGGCGUUUCAGAUCCCAGCUAUGGGAUCCCUGAAUUCAUUUCAGUGGGGUAUGUGGACUCCCAUCCCAUCACCACAUACGACAGCGGCUCGCGGCGGAAGGAGCCGCGCGCGCCGUGGAUGGCGGAGCACCUGGAGCCGGAUCACUGGGAGCGGUACACGCAGCUGCUGCGGGGCUGGCAGCAGGCCUUCCGGGUGGAGCUGGAGCGGCUGCAGCGGCACUACAAUCACUCAGGGUUUCACACGUACCAGAGGAUGAUUGGCUGUGAGUUGCUGGAGGAUGGAAGCACCACGGGGUUCCUGCAGUAUGCAUACGACGGAGAGGAUUUCAUUAUCUUCGAUAAGGACACGCUGUCCUGGACAGCUAUAGGUAGUGUGGCUCACAUCAUCAAGAGGGCAUGGGAGGCCAACCUGCAUGAGCUGCAGUACCAGAAGAACUGGCUGGAAGAAGAAUGUAUUGCCUGGUUGAAGAGAUUCCUGGAGUAUGGGAAAGAUACCCUGCAAAGAACAGAGCCUCCAUUGGUCAGAGUAUAUCACAAAGAAACCUUGCCAGGGAUUACAACCCUUUUCUGCAGAGCUCAUGGCUUUUACCCCCCAGAAAUUUCCAUGAUCUGGAUGAAAAACGGAGAAGAAAUGAUCCAGGAAAUGGAUUUGGGAGACAUUCUUCCCAGUGGGGAUGGGACCUAUCAGACAUGGAUAUCCUUGGAGCUGGAUCCUCAGAGCAGUGACCUUUACUCCUGUCACGUGGAGCACUGUGACGUCCACAUGGUUUUUCAGGUCCCUCAGGAUUCGGGAACUAUCCUUCUGGUGGUAAAAGCUGUCUCUGGGUCCAUUGUCCUUGCCAUUGCCCUGGCUGGAGUUGGCUUCCUGGCUGGCAGAAGAAGGCCCCGAGAGAAAAAUGAAGUCAUCUACCUUCCUGCACCAGCUCAAUGAUUGAGGAUAGCUGUUCCAGUUGUCUUUCCCCUGGGAACCAUGGUCACCUCUGUCCCCUGUGGACUCAAGUCCGGUACACCCACAACAGGCAUGGAUAUUACAGGAUUGAGCUUUUACGCCGGAAGGAUGGGAGCCACAACGUUUUCUUUGUUCUUUGGCUCCAAAAAGACUGUCAGCUUUCAAGCUCUUUUGAUGGACUCAUUUAUCACAUUUGGAUCUAAAUAUAGCUUGUCACAUGACACAGCACUACCCUAUAUCCCAUCUGUCAACGAUGAUUUACAAGUAAAUUAGAGAAUCUCAGAGCUGGAAGGAACCUUCCAUGAGAGGGCCGGAUAUGUCUUCUCCAGCGCCUUUGACUUGAGCAUUCAGCCUCCACUUGAAUAGCAUCAGUGAAGGGCACCUCACUACGUCAUAAAGUGGCCUUUUUCUUCCCUCAUGAGAAUGUAUCAUGCAAGAGCUUUGAUCAUGGGUGCUAUGACUGUGACCCUAGAGACAACGUUGGACCACCCUGGAAAAGCAGCCAGUGAGUUUCUCUGAUGGGCUGUGAAUCGCCAGAUCGUUUUACGUAUUUCCCUGCCUGAGAGAAAGCCAGUGUCCAUUUUUAUGGCAUCUCUGCCUGGUAGCUUGGAAUCUUGGAACUAUGCCUGGUCGGAUCUGAGGAAGUGAUCUCAUUCUUUCUGUCUUCUGUGGGAGAGUAAGAGCAAUAAUUUUCAGACACAUGAUCACCUUCAGUGGAACUACAAAUACCUAGAUACAAGUGUACUAUUUUAAUAUAAAAGUGAUACUCCCUGGCUGGUUUGGCUCAAUGGUUAGAGCCAGGGCCCGCAGACCAAAGAGUCUCAGGUUCAA